AGGAUGGAGCUAUAGCAUGUACAUUCCUGUACCACUUCAUAGUGAACUAAGCACUCUCUAAGCCGUUUACAAUUUGUAAACCAAUUUCCCCCAAACAAGUUCAACGAAGUCAUGAUGGUGGUACUGCAGCAAUUAAAAGGAAAAGGGGAAAAACCUUGCAUUCAAAGACCAGUUGGUUAUUUUUUUUAGAAAUCAGCAGAAGUUACAAACAGUGUAACAGCUCUUAUGUGCCCUAGGCCUUGUGUCAACCUACAGUUGCUAGCGGACUAAAGGGGAAAAAAUGCUUUUGCAUUGUGACAAAGGCAGUAUCUCAGUGAGUGCUGAAGAUAUGACAGUGCUGUAAUAAUUGAUGAUUCAGUAAUGGAAGAUAAAAACAGUGGUUCUGAAACACGAGGAUAUGGAUUGGUCGAACAAAACACUCACUUGAAUUAUGGUGAUUGCCAUGUAACUCAGCUUGCAUAUGACGAUGAAGAUUUGCUGGAUACAGAGAAUCUAAUUGCAUCACAGGAUAAUCUUUCAACGGGAAGGAAGAGACCUGGUCACAAUCCAGAACAAGUAGAAUUGGUUUAUUUACAUAAAAGACAACGAUUUACACCCUCUUUAGUAGGGAUGAAAGCAAAGGAAUCUGAAUAUGAAGAUGGAAGUGUUAUCUAUGAGUAUGAUCCUGAUGAAUGUGGAAGUGUUGUAUCUGGAGUUUCAUACUCAGGCGAUCAUCAGAAAAUUCUUAUGGAAGUUCUUAAUUAUUGUCAGGUAAUGUAUGAUGCCAUUCAGAAACUGGACAAGAAGUUUGAUAGCCUUCAUCGGAGAGUCUCAGAAAUUCAUCAAACACGUCGAAAGCCUUUACUCUUAAAACAGAAGCCAGUUGGAUUUACAUGCAACAGUUUUAGUAGCCUCCCUGUUGAAAAAAUCCAAGUUCAGAAAUCCACAGAAAGAAGGCUAGAUCAUAUUUCACUCCAUGACCAUGGAAAUCAUAGCCAGCAAACAAAGGUUAAGCUACAAAGAGCCGAGAUUUUGACCAGCUCUGCAGCUGAACUGGUUCCUUGCAGUCUUCAGCCUGAAUCACAGCUUCCUGCCCAAAGGCAGAGUCCACCCCUCCCUACAAUAGUUUCCACCCAGUCAUUGUGUUCCCCAUUUAGCUUGACCAGUGAGAUGCCUGAUUUUCCUUCACAAAUGGGUCUAGUCAAUGAAAACCCUCUUGCUGCUUCAUCUUUGGCAACAGCCUCCCAUGUGGUUUCAUCAGUGAUGCCUACACCACCAGCAGCUAGUUUGGAGAGAAACAAUUUCACAGCAACCUACAACUCUUCACCCAGAAAUAUAAAUACUGUCAUUGAGCUUCCAUCCUCAUCUUCAUCUUCUGUCAAUCCAGCAGUAGCCUCCAGUUGUUCACUGUAUCCACAAGUCAACACAGCCAAUGGGAUGUCACAUCUUCCAUCACAACCUAGUUCUGCAACUAUAGCACUUGACAGUCCUGUUCAUAUGGUAUCUUCAGUUUUCUCUUCUCCAAGGAUAACACAUGCCCCUGCAGCUGAAACUAGUUUGGGGAGAAACAACAUGUUGGUAACUUAUAGAACUUCAUCUGAAAGCACAGCUCUGAGCAAUGAGAUGCCCUCUUCCUCUAUGAAUCUGAAUUUUGAGUUUGUGGGUGAUCCAAAACGGAAUGUGAAGAUCCUUGGAAACUAUUUGAUGAAAGCCAAACUAAAGACCAAACCAAAGUAUGCUGCUCGCUACUUAGUCCGUCUCUUGUUCCCAAAAGAAACUUUGCUCUACAGUGUCAUGGGUGCGAAAACACGAGGACGAAGGGCUCUAGAUCAAAAUAAGGUAGCUGCAAUAAGAGAGUUUCUUACAACUUAUUUUCCAACAUAUGAUCUGAGUGAGCAUGGAAGAGACUGGGAAACCUGUGUUACAAAUGUAAAUACAAUGAUCCGCUACUUACGUUAUGAAACCAAAACAAACUCAGAAAUCCUUAAAGGAAAAGAGAAACCUCCUGACACUCCAGGCAGAUUGGUAUAUGUAGACUUAGUUGGUAGUGAGGAUGAGAGUGAAUUCAGUACCCAAACUAGCUCUAAAUCAAACCAAAUUCAGAAUUCAGAAUGGAAUAACAUGCCAGAAAUUCUUGAUCUGCCUUCUUCCAGUAAAGUGUCAUCUUUAGAACCAAUGGCGCACCUUGGGAAUCCAUCACGGAAUGUUCAGCUGCCCUUUCCAGUUAUCUGUGUUGCCAAGGGGAAAUGUCGGCCAGAGCUUUCAGCACGUUACCUGAUUCGCCAUCUCUUCACAGAGGAUGUCCUGGUUAAAAGCAAUGUUUAUGGCAACCUGGACCGUGGGACAUAUCCCUUAGACUGCAACAAAAUCAAUGCUCUCAGAGACUUUCUACAAGAAAACUACCCAUCUUUUGAACUGAAGGAAACUGGAUAUGACUGGAAAGCAUGUGUUGCAGCUAUAAACAGUACAAUCCGCAGCCUGAGAUUUGACCAUAAAAGGGCUUUAGCUGGCAUCCGAAACAACGUAUUGGCUGAAACACCACUGCUGUCACAAAGUUCAAAAAGCCUUCUGUGAAGCCCUUCUGAAAUAUAAACGUACAAAAGCCUUCUCAUUUGUCAGGCCAACUUGUGUUAUAUGUCUAGCCAUUGCCUUGAACUCUGCUACAGCCGCAAUAGACUUUUUUCAAGAUGUGAUGCAACUGUUCAUUCUCAAAUGUUGUCAGGGGAACUAUUUUAAUACUCUUAACAAUGUAAAAUUUAGCAGAGCUGAAUAAGAACUUGGGUUUUAUCUUCCUGUGACAAUUAUAUUUUUGUUAUAGAUGAUGAAUAGUUAGAGAAUCUCAUUCUAGAUAUACCCACCCCCCCCCAAAAAAAAAUAUUUCCCCCAGGGUUGUAUUUGUUAAUGGAGAGUGCAUAUUUCAAAGAGGAAUAAUGGAAGCCCAAGAAGAACAUAUAUGACCACAACAUCGACAUUUUCCUGACUUUUUGAAGAAACACAAUUUUUCUACAAUUCAGUUCAAAUAUUCCACUUGCUAUGGAUCUAUACCACCACAUAGUUUUUACUUGAAUAGUAAUCUUUUCACGUGGUUUCAUAAUUUUUAAUUUGUGUUUCCAAAUAUUUGUGAAGGCUGACAUGAUACAGUCAGAAAAUUUCUACAGUUUCAUAAAGUGAAUUAUUUGGUCGGUAUUAGGUCUGCCUAAACCACCUUAACUUUGAGGCAAAUGGUAGGAGAUGCACAUCCUAGUAGAUCUAAUAACAUCCUUCUGCAUUUUACCAAAAAUGAUUAAAUUUUCUCCUUUCAUAGUACAAUGCAACUUGAUUGUGGAAUAAAAGUAUUGCU